GUUAGCAGUGAAGAAAAGAAGUUGGACAUUUUCGGUGCCUGUUCUAUUCCAGGAUGGGAGACAAAGGAAUUUCUCUGCUUUGUUCGAUGCUUUGCUUAGCUCUCUUCAUCGUAACACUGCAUCUUGUUCAUGGAGAUCUUACUUACUCUAUACCCGAAGAGAUGAAACGGCAAUCUGUGAUUGUAAAUAUAGCUAAAGAUCUAGGUAUUGACCUGAAAACAAUGUCUUCUCGAAAUGCCCGCAUUGACUUUGAAGGGACUCGUAAACGCUACUGUGAUAUUAACCUCAAUAAUGGAGAUAUGAUCAUAUCGGACCGAAUUGACCGAGAGAGCCUUUGUGGAAAGAAACCUUCAUGUGUGGUGAAAAUCGAUCUGUUGCUGGACUCUCCUUUGGAGCUUCGACGGAUAAACCUUCAUAUUCAGGACAUCAACGACAAUUCACCUCAAUUCAAAAACAUGGUGACUGAAAUGGAAAUAUCGGAGUCAGCAGAGAAGGGGAGUCGAUUCACCAUCGAGCAGGCCCACGACGCAGACAUAGGGCAUAAUGAUGUCCAAAGGUACACCCUUCAAAAAAACGACAACUUUAUACUUUCUGUCGACAAUAACAAGGUUGAAUUGGUUCUUGAGAAUAAACUCGAUCGAGAGGGGAACAGUGAAGUGAGUUUACUCCUCACAGCCUUAGAUGGCGGCUCUCCUCAGAGAUCAGGUACUGUAGUAAUACACAUCACUGUGCUGGAUGCCAAUGAUAACGCUCCAGUGUUUACUGAGGCCGUUUAUAAAGCCAGUCUGCCAGAAAAUGCUCAACCAGGCACAGCAGUGAUUGAGAUAAGCGCAACUGAUUCUGAUGAAGGAGUCAACGGCGAAGUAUCAUAUGAUUUUGGUCACAUACACGAGGACGAAAUACAUGUUUUUUCUAUUGAUUCUAAAAGUGGAGAAAUUAAAGUACGAAGUGCAAUUGAUUUUGAAGAAAAAAGUUCAUUUGAAAUUAGACUCGAAGCAAAAGACGGUUUAGGACUGACUUCGUAUGCGAAAUUGUUAGUUGAUGUGACUGAUGUCAAUGACAACGCCCCCGUGAUUUAUCUGAAGUCCCUCUCAAAUCCCAUACCUGAAAAUAUCCCACGUGGUACAGAGGUGGGCAUCAUUAAUGUGCAAGAUGAAGAUUCUGAGAGUAAUGGACAGGUCCGCUGUUCCCUCCAGCAGGGUGUCCCUUUUAAGUUAGUUCCAUCUAUCAAAAACUAUUAUUCUCUGGUGAGCACAGGACAACUGGACCGUGAAGUGGUGUCUGAUUACAAUAUUACAAUCACUGCCACUGACGAGGGAUCUCCACCUCUGUCAACUUCUAAAAGUGUCCAGUUAUCUGUAGCUGACAUCAACGACAACCCACCUGUGUUUGAGGAAGAGUCGUACAGCGCAUAUGUGAGUGAAAAUAACAAAGCUGGCUCCACGUUAUGUUCCGUUGCUGCUCGAGACCCGGACUGGAGACAGAACGGCACCGUGAUUUAUUCACUGUUAUCUGGAGAGGUGAACGGUGCCCCGGUGUCCUCGUAUGUGUCUGUGAAUGGAGACACGGGGGUGAUCCACGCUGUGAGGUCAUUUGAUUAUGAACAGUUGAGGAGUUUCAAAGUGCAGGUGAUGGCCAGAGACAACGGUUCUCCUCCCCUGAGCAGCAACGUGACAGUCAGUGUGUUCAUAUCAGAUGUGAAUGACAACGCUCCUCAGAUCUUGUACCCCGCCCCGGAGGGCAACUCCUUCAUGACCGAGCUGGUCCCCAAAGCUGCACACGGAGGCUCUCUGGUGUCCAAAGUGAUCGCAGUGGACGCGGACUCCGGACAGAACACCUGGCUGUCCUACCAGAUAGUGAAAUCCACUGAUCCGGGACUUUUCACUAUCGGUGUCCACAGUGGAGAGAUCAGGACACAGCGGGACAUUUCUGAAUCUGACAGCAUGAAACAGAACCUGAUCGUGUCAGUGAAAGAUAACGGACAGCCCUCUCUGUCUGCCACCUGCUCCAUGUAUUUACUGAUUUCUGACAACUUGGCUGAGGUUCCAGAGCUGAAGGACAUUUCUUAUGAUGAGAAGAACUCCAAGCUGACUUCCUACCUGAUCAUUGCGCUGGUGUCUGUGUCCACCUUUUUUCUGACUUUCAUCAUUAUCAUCCUGGGUGUGAGGUUUUGUCGCAGGAGAAAGCCCAGACUGUUGUUUGAUGGAGCAGUGGCCAUCCCCAGUGCGUAUCUCCCUCCAAAUUACGCAGAUGUUGACGGCACAGGAACUUUACGCAGCACCUACAAUUAUGACGCCUACCUGACGACAGGAUCUCGAACCAGUGACUUUAAGUUUGUGAGCUCUUACAAUGACAACACGUUGCCUGCUGACCAGACUCUGAGGAAAAGUCCAUCAGACUUUGCUGACGUCUUUGGUGAUCCCGAUUGUUCUCCUGAGGUAGGACAAUUCCCGCUUCAUGAAUAUGUCUAA